GAUGAUAUACCAUCUAUAAAAAGGGCGAAGACAGACCCACAACAGGCUCCAAUAUGCCAGUAUGCCUGUUGAUGAUGAAGUUCCUUGCCCAGUGUGUGGGCUGAAACUCCCAAAAGGAGACAUCGAGUUCCAUGCAUCAACUUGUGGAGAGAGUGCUUCCACUUCCAUUGAGAGCAAUUCUGUUUGUGGUAAGAGUACUGCAGAUGGACAACAGGCCAGUAAUGAAAAGGGCACUUUGGAGGAAAGCAAAGAUGGGCUAGCAGCAAAAAUCAGAACUGACACCUGGGCGAUCAAUGUAGUGAGAAGCCGUUUCUAUGAAACAGCUCUUGAAGAGUUAAUGGAAGCUGUUGAUGGUGACUGGGACAAAACCAUAAAAAUAGAAUUUGUAGGAGAAGAAGGAAUUGAUGUAGGAGGAUUGAGCAGGGAGUUUUUUACUCUUCUGUUUAAGAAUGGUGACAUUUUUGAGAACAUGUCAUUUCACAUUGAUAGUGAACUGCUGGAGAAAAAAGUUUAUAAGACAAUGGGCAAAGCAGCUGCACGGGCACUAAUCAUGGGACACCCUGGGCCAAAGUGCUUCCACUCAUUUUUGGCAAAGUUCAUUUGCUUUGGUCAAGAGCCAGAUUUUGAUGAUAUAUCAUACCAGGAUGUUGGUAGAGCAGAUGUAUUGAACGCCAUUGAAGAGAUAACCUCUGACAAUUGUGACCUAGGCAACCUAAUGGAAGACCAUGGUGCACUUCUAGAACAGGCAGGAUUCAGAAAACGUUUGACAUCCAACACAGUGACGGAAGCUGUAGAAGCAUUGAAGAGACAUUUCACAUUCUAUCAUGUCACAGGAGCUCUGAUGCAGUUCAGAGAAGGUUUGCAGCUCCUUGGAGUGUUGCCUGUACUCCAGAGCUAUCCUGAAAGCAUCACAUUCUUCACAGAAACCACAGCCACUGCUGCUGAUAUCCAGGAGUUCUUCAAGCCAUCUUACACUGACGACAAUCAAGAGUUAAAGAAAAUUGAAGAACUGAUAGUGUACAACUUUAGAAAGUUUCUGAAAAAAGCAGAACGUGGGAAAAUAUCCACUCCAUGGAUAAACAUACUUGAUGAGACUGAAUCAGAAGUGACCAUCACCACAGGACAUGUACUGCAAGCUUUAGUUGGGUGUGAGACGCUUCCUAGAAUAUCCAGUGGGCUCCUGUUAUUCAAUCAUAAUGGGUCAGAUCUGACGAUCGUUAACACUUGUGCACCAUCUAUAACAUUCUCUCAGACAGAUAAGAUUCAGGAGUAUGAGAAUUUCGAAAUUCAGUUUAUGCGCGUAAUUGUUGAAAGUGCAGGCUUUGGAAUUGAGUGAAAAUUUCUACUAACCCCAUGUGUUGACAUCACAGUUUUAAUACUAAAUUUUAUUCUGAUCUAAGGGCAAUGAUGUUACAAGUAAUUUGUUAUGCUUAGGACUGCCUUAUCCAAUAUCAAAUUUAUUGUUUACAUGACAAGAACAAAGUAAGACAUUGACAAGGCUUGUAUCAGCAUCACACAUUCACACUAGGGAGUCUUGAGUAAUAAUAAUCUGUUAUGUGUUAUGCAUUGUAAACCGUCUAAUCCAAGAUUUUGUUUAUUGUUUUUUAGCUCACCUGAGUACAAAGUGCCCAAGGUGAAGUAUUGUGAUCGGUCAAUGUCCAUUGUCCAUCCGUCAGUGGGUGUGUGCAACAACAAUGUUUAAACGACAUCUCCUCCUUAACCACUGUUCGUAUUUUGACCAAACUUUACAGAAAUGAUUUUGGGUGGUGUUUUCAAAUUUAUUCAAAUGGUUCCGGUCCAUUGAACAACUAGGUCACAGGAGUAAAAAUGCAUUGUUAAUGCCCCCAGAUCGAAUGAUCAGGGGCAUAUUGUUUUUAGUCCGUUUGUCUGUCUGUCACAAAAUUUUAACAUUCCUUAUGAAAUUUAAACGCCUUACACCUACAAUCAUGAGACUUCAUAUAGGUACCUCAUGGCAACCUCUACAAGAUCCCGUCAUUUUUAGGUCAAAAGGUGAAAGGUCAAGGUCACACGUACAGGGCAAAUGUGAAAUUUAAUAUUGCUUAUAAAAUCUUCACUUACAGUCAUGAAAUUUCGUAUGUAUGUACCUCAUUACAACCUCUAGAAGACCAUUUCAUUUUCAGGUCAAAGGUCAAGGUCACACGUAGAGGGCGAACAUCUAAUUUAAAAUAACCUAUAAAUCUUAAACGCUUUCAACCACAUACAUCACAAUUUAUAUGUAGAUACUACAUGACAACCAUUUUAAGAACCCUUUAUUAUUAGUUAAAAGGUCAAGGUCACAUGUUGAGGGCAGAUAUUUAAUAUUCAUUUUAAUUUUAGGUGUAGAUUAUAUAUGACAACCUCUACAGGACCCCUUCAUUUUCAUUACCAAGAUUGUUCAAAUUAUGCCCCUGGGGUCAAAAGUGGCCCCAUCCGGGGGGUCACGAGAUCUUACUGUGACUUCACAUAAACAUUUGGCAGCAUGCAUACAAAGCAUAAGCAGGGGCUGUGCCCAUUAUACUGAAGGUCAAAGUCACCAAGGUAUUGUACUAGGGUUAUUUUUAAGGUUAAAGUUUUUUGGUAACCUUUGUUUUAUGUCAUACCUCUGUUACUAAUGCUUACAUGUAUAUCUUAUUGUGACUUCACAUAAACAUUGGGAUAUACCGAUUUUACGAAAGGUCAAGGUCAUGAAGGUUUUACACAUUUUCAGGUAAAAUGUUUUGGCAAGCUUAGUUUUAUGGACAUAUUUUGGUACUUAAAAAUAUAAUUACUUGAAACUUGAAAAGUUUCUUAAUCGUCAUUAUUUACAUGUGUGGUAACAUUCCCCAUAACUCUACUUUAUAUUUUCAACAGAAUUACACCCAUACAUAAAAUAUUUUAGCAAACUUUAUUUUCUUGAUAUACCUUUAGCACUUUUAAAGAUAUUUACUUGAAACGCAAUAUUUGUCUUUAUCAUCAUCACCUGUGCUGACUGAAUUUUGGGUAACCAUAUCAAAAGUCAACGUCACAUGUCCCAAUGUUAAUUUUCUGCAUGAAAGGACUUCACUAAAGAACCACUGCACCCAGGACCUUCAAACUUCACAUGCUGAUGGUACUUAUUCAGUACACCACAUAAGAUAUUGCAUUGAAACUUCACACACUUCUUCGGGGUCAAUAGCUAAGGUCACACACCCAAGUCCUAUAACUCUGGCUUGCAUUUUGAAAAAAAAAAUUAUUUUGACAAAAUUUAUGUUGAAGUUUCAGGACUAUAUAAGGUUGUGAAAUAAUAUUCAAAACUAUUGAUCUUAUUUUUUGACAGAAUUUUAACUCUUCCUUACUUGACUUUAACCCCUGAGUACUAGUUUUGACAUCUGUGUGUUUCUCCCUCUUAGAUAUAUAAAAGAUCUUAUCAUUGAGAAAUAUAUCUAUUUAAUUGUCAAAUUGCCGAAUAGUGGAGCGCGCUGUCUUACAGACAGCUCUUGUUAUAUUGAAUUAUUAUGAAUGAUUUAAACUCAAGUGAGCGAUAAAGGGCCUUCAUGCCCCUCUUGUUUAACAAGGACAGGGCAUCAGAACUGAGCUUGUGUCAGCAUCAUGCAUUCACAAUUUAGUUAUGUUCAUAACACAGCCUAUUAUGCCCCCUGAUCAAAUGAUGGUGGUUGGGCAUAUUUUUAGCUGCACUAUUCGGAGAAUAGGGGGGCUAUACUACUCGCCCUGGCGUCGGCGUUGGCGUGACCCUUCUUGGUUUUUCGGCAACCUUUGUUUUUCUGUCAUAUCUUUGUUACUAUUGCUUAUAUCUUACUGUUACUUCACAUAAACAUUGUCCAGUAUACAAACAAAGUAUACGUAGGGACUGAGCCCAUUGUACCCAAGGUCAAGGUCACCAGGCAGUUAUACUUGUUAUUUUUAAGGUUAAAGUUUUUCGGUUACCUUUGUUUUUUUGUAAUAACUGUGGUACUAUUGCUUAUAUCUUACUUUAACUUCAAAUAAAAGUUGUCCAGUAUACAAACGAAGUUUAACUAGGGGCUGAGCCCAUUAUACCCAAGGUCAAGGUCACCAGGCCGUUAUACUUAGGUUAUUUUUAAGGUUAAAGUUUUUCUGCAACCUUUGUUUUUCUGUCAUAUCUUUGUUGCUAUUGCUUAUAUCUUACUGUAACUUCACAUAAACAUUGUCCAGUAUACAGACAAUAUAUGUAUAGCAGCUGAGCUUAUUAUACCCAAGGUCAAGGUCACCAAGGUCUUAUACAUAGGUUAUUUUUAAAGUUAAAGAUUUUUGGCAACCUUUGUUUUUCUGUCAUAUCUUUGUUACUAUUGCUUAUAUCUUACUGUAACUUUACAUAAACAUUGUCCAGCAUACAAACAAAAUAUGUUUAGGGACUGGGCCCAUCAUACCCAAGGUCAAGGUCACCAAGGUCUUGUACUUAGGUUAUUUUAAAGGUUAAAGUUUUUCAGCAACCUUUGUUUUUCUGUCAAUUCUUUGUUACUUUUGCUUAUAUCAUACUGUAAGUUCACAUAUACAUUGCCCAACAUACAAACAAAAUAUGUGCAUUGGCUGAGCCCAUUAUACCCAAGGUCAAGGUUACCAAGAAGUUAUACUUUGAAUUAUUUUCUUGUUAAAUUUUUUCGAGAGCUUCGUUUAUAAACAUAUCUUUGGUACUUUAAAAUAUGACUUGAAAUUAAAAAUAUUUGUUUAUAAUCAUCUGCAUGUGUGGCUACAUACCCCAUAACUCUAAUUGUUUUUGUUUUUUUG